CAUUGCAAUGAUAGCAAAACAGCCUAAUGUGUUCUGAGUUUUAGUAUAUCAGCAUGCAGCACAGUUUCUGUACUAAAAACUGACUUUUACAACUUGUGUUCCCGGCAGCUUUCUUUGAACUAUCCACUAAGUUUUUUGGCCAUACCACAUCCUGUUCAGCUAGACAGCAUUUGAACAUGGUAUGCAGUUGUUGAGUUUUACCAUUUUGUAAGGUUAGUGAGUGUCUACUCUUCUACUGCUAAAAUAAGCUUUAUUCACCAAACAUGGCAGACAAGGUGCAGACUUUGCCGUAUUUCUUUGGCAACAUCACCCGAGAGGAAGCUGAGGAACACCUGAGACAUGGGGGAGCAGGAGAUGGCCUUUACCUGUUACGUCAGAGCCGUAGUUACCUUGGUGGCUAUGCGUUGUCAGUGUCCUACGGCCGUCAGUUCUGCCACUACACUAUAGAGAGAGAUCUCAAUGACACAUAUGCCAUUGCAGGGGGCAAAUCACACAGAACCCCAAUAGAUGUGAUUGACUAUCACUCACAGGAGUCAGAUGGGCUCAUCUGCUUGCUCAAGAAGCCCUUUAACCGACCACGAGGCAUAGAACCUAAAGUUGGACCUUUUGAAGACCUGAAAGAGCAACUCAUAAGGCAGUAUGUCAAACAAACAUGGAACCUGCAGGGUUCUGCCCUCGAGCAGGCUAUCAUUAGCCAAAGGCCUCAGCUGGAGAAACUCAUUGCAACAACAGCGCAUGAAAAGAUGCCAUGGUUCCAUGGCAAAAUCGAUCGUGAGGACUCAGAGUUACGUUUGCUCAGGAGCCCACGCACCAAUGGCAAAUUUUUAAUAAGAGAGAGGGAAACCAAUGGCAGAUUGGUGUCUUAUGCACUAUGUCUCCUGCAUAGUAAUCAAGUCAUGCACUAUCGUAUUGAUAAAGACAAAGCUGGAAAACUCUCCAUUCCUGAUGGCAAGAAGUUUGACACACUUUGGCAGCUAGUAGAGCACUAUUCUUACAAGCCUGACGGACUGAUCAGAGUACUUACUGAGUCUUGCCUGAGACCAUCAAAUUCGUCAGAGCGAGGUGCCACAGGUGGAAUUCUCUCCAGAAUCAAAUCAUACUCCUUCCCCAAACCUGGGCCAAAAAAGGGCCUUCUUCAAAAUCCUUAUAAUAUUGACUCAAACUGCAGAGAGGAUCUUCAAGGCAAUAUCUUUCAUACAGAGGCUAUGCCAAUGGACACAAAGGUGUAUGAGAGUCCAUAUGCAGACCCCGAAGAGCUGAGGUCAACUACAGUAAACCGGAGUGAUCUGACACUUGAGGAUGGAGAGUUGGGGUCAGGCAAUUUUGGAACCGUCUUAAAAGGCAUCUACCAAAUGAAGAAGACACAAAAGGUUGUGGCUGUGAAGAUUCUGAAGAACGAAGAUAAUAACACAGCAGUGAAGGAGGAGAUGUUGCGAGAGGCAAGUGUCAUGCAGCAGCUGGAUAAUCCCUACAUCGUACGCAUGAUUGGCAUCUGCGAAGCUGAAAACCUCAUGCUUGUCAUGGAGCUUGCUGAGCUGGGCCCACUGCACAAGUUCUUACAGAAGAACAAACACAUCUCUGGGAAGAACAUUACUGAACUGGUUCAUCAGGUUUCUAUGGGUAUGAAAUAUCUGGAAGAGCACAACUUUGUUCACAGAGAUCUGGCAGCCAGGAAUGUGCUUUUAGUUACUCAGCACUAUGCCAAGAUCAGUGACUUUGGACUCUCUAAAGCCCUUACAGAAGAUGAGAACUAUUACAAGGCCAAAGGUCAUGGUAAAUGGCCAUUGAAAUGGUAUGCCCCUGAGUGCAUGAAUUACUUGAAGUUCUCCUCUAAGAGUGACGUGUGGAGCUUUGGAGUCCUGAUGUGGGAGGCUUAUUCAUUUGGACAAAAACCAUACAAGGGAAUGAAAGGAAAUGAGGUCAUUCAAAUGAUUGAGAAUGGUGAGAGGAUGACUUCCCCACCCGACUGCCCAGCUGAGAUGUACAACCUUAUGAAGAAAUGCUGGACAUACAAGGCAGAGGAGAGACCUGGAUUUUCUGUAGUUGAACCCAGGUUGCGACAUUACUAUUAUGACAUAUCCCAAUGAUGACUUAGACUAGAGCAUGUGCGAAAAGUCUGCUAUAUGAUAUAAUUUAGGGUGGCAUAAGCAAUUGUUUAAUAUUGAUUUUUUAUUAUACUAAUUAUAGGUUGAUAAACUCCCUCACUAGUAUUUAUGUACAAAUUCCAGUUAAAUCAUUUAAAGCAUUUGAUGUUUUUUCCUUUUAAUAAUUUUGAACACGGCUAAUGUAAUGCUACGUUCUUUUUUUUUCAUUAUUAAUUGAACAUAAAUCGCAUGAUAUGCAGUAAGAAAAGCAAAAGUGAAUUGUUGAAUAUUGCUUAUAAAGGUGAUGUUUAAAAUUUAACAAAUCACAGCCAAUCAGAUCCAUCUGUUGAUUAGAUGUCUCUACUUGUAUGCUCAUACUGCACAUACGUAUUUACUGUGAUAUUUCAACAGAUGUCAUGUUUCGUAUACAGCUUGUCUAGUGGUCACAUUGUUUUCUAGGAUGUAAAGGCCAAAGAGGCCUAUAUUAUUUGUAAUGUAAUGUCUUAUCUAAAUGCCACUGCAUAAUAUUAAACCAAAUUUUAUCAGAUACGUUUUGUUUAUACAUUUUUUGUGUUCCAGUUAGUUUACUGACUGCAUGUUCCUCAUACCAUUUUUAAAUUCCGUUUUACAUUUUUCAUUUCUCUGAUAAAUUUGUCAAGUCACUGCCAAUUUAAAUACGGCACCAAUAAUAAACAGUUUUAUUCCACAUUUAUUUUGUCUAAUUUGAAUAUAUCUAUUCAUUGAGAUGUGCACAAGCUGUACAAUUGAACUGAAUUGCAUGACAUCAGAAUCUUGAUCUUUCUCUGAUUAUAAAUGUAACUUCGGACAUUAGAAUAGGCAAACAUGUGAUAUUUUGGCAGCCGAAAGAGUUCUACAGUCAUGCGUGACUUCUUUUAUUGUGCAACGCGAUAUGCAUCUUAGUACAAAACAUAAGGAGCUACAAACAGGGCUGGGCAGUAUUUAUGAUACAUGUAUUUAAAAUACGUAUUUUAAAUACAAAAUAGUAUUUUGUCAUUUGUAUUUGACUGGAUCAUCAGAAAAUGGCUUCGUAUUUUGUAUCAAAAUACUUCAGUGUUUGUAUUUUUGUAUUUUCAAAAUACUGCAAAAUACUUUGUAAGAAGUCUACUUUAUGACAUCAUAUAAGUGAGGCCUCAUAUUGGUGCCUACUCGGUGGUUUGCCCGGACAUAUGUUGAGAGCGGAACAGAUAAUUGGAAGAAGGUGGUCAAGAUAGGAAACGUGCAGGCUGCAAGAUUUCUAUCUAUCUAUUGCAUAAAUUGCUAUAAUUUAUUUAGUUUAUGUUAAGUUUUGUUCUUCAUGUUAGUAGCCUAGGCUAACGUUAUAUUAUACUGAGCAGCAACACCAUGUUAGCUUGCUACUGUCAGCAUAUGUUAUGUUCGUCAGUUGUGCAUGGAAAAAGAUAAUAAUAACGCAUUUCAGAGUCAACAUUACAUUCUAGUCCCACUAUAUUAGUGUAAUUGUUUAAACUUGCGUGGAGCAGCAGCAUUUACUGUGAGACGCUCAAAGACAUGGAUACAUACGACCCCACGUGAAAGAGCAUAGCAGACCUGCUCACGGCAGUGCGUGUGUAUUGUAAACCUGUUUCCUGUUACACCAAUUUUUCAUAAUCAAAAUUAUACAAUUACAAACAAGAUAAAAGGCACGCAGUCCAUACAUAUCAUUAAUGCUGUGCGCAUUAGAGUUAUGCUCUAUGGAUCAUCAGUACUGUUGCGCGUUCUCGUUACGCUGUAUUGCUAUGGUCCGGAUCAUCUUUUUAUGCUUUAUUGCAAUGAAUUGUUCUCAAUGAAUUGUUCUCAAUGGUAUGUGGAGUGGUUGCACUACUUUGAGGAUCAAAUGAGGGAUUUGACAUCUUUGGAGCAGUUUCCUUUAAUCAAGCAACUUUUUGUGAGGUUUAACACGAUCAUCCCAUCCUCAGCUCCAGUAGAGCAUUUAUUUUCCUUUGCUGGACUAAUCAACCGGCCCCAUCGAAGAAGCCUACACUUUUUGAAAAACUUGUUGUGCUUAAAGGCAUCAGCUAGAUAGCUAAAGAGAUUCUGCUAUGUAGUCCACAGGCUACACACACAAUUACAAACUUCCUCUCUCACCCACAUUCACACAUAAGUUAAAUUUGUUUAUGUUAGACCUUUGUUAAAUGUUUUGGAAUACCUGCUCUGCUGUAUUCUCUGUUGUAUGGUUGGAAUUGUAAUACUCCUUGAGAAGUUCUGUUGAUACUUCUUGAUAAUAUUUCUGGCUACAUUUAAAAAAUGUUUUGCUACAAUGAUUGAUAAAUAAAUAUUUGCUGAAUAAAUAUGCUUGUUGAAUAUUGUACCUUUAUUCAAGUUGCUGUUUAAUAGGAGCAUGAUUUUGCAUACCAUUGCAUGACAGCUG